UUUGACACCUCCAGUUCACAUGUGCGAUUUAAAAAACAAAAAAUAAUUAAAUCAUGGAUAUUGACGAGUUAUUUGAUUGCUUUGCCGAAGUGCCGCCGGAGAGCCUGGAGCCGCCCACGACUGGUCCCAGCAAGGCUGAGCCUGCCACAGACAAAGCCGCCAAAAAGGCGGCCAAGCGUCCGGCCGACGAAGCGUCCAAUGGGGAAAAGCACGAGGAGCAGCAGCUGCAGCAGGAGGAGGAGGAGGAGGAGGAAGCCACCAAGCGCUUGAAGAAGGAGGAGGAUGGUGGAUCCAAGAAGAGUGAGGAUGAGGAGGAAGAUGUGGAGGAGGUGACCUCCUUGGAUGUGGAUGAUUCCGGCGCUCUAGAGGUCCUGCGCACACGCAUCGUCACACACCUGCUGGAGGCGCCCGAGUCGUGCACCCACGAGGUGGCUGCCCACCCCGAUCAGGAGUAUAUUCCGCUGCAGCCGUUUGCCGGCAUUCCGGCCAAGGAGUAUUCCUUCGUGCUGGACCCCUUCCAGCGUCAGGCCAUCCUCUGCAUCGACAACUCCCAGAGCGUCCUGGUGUCGGCCCACACCUCGGCGGGCAAGACUGUGGUGGCAGAGUACGCUAUCGCCAAGUCGCUGGCGGCCAAGCAGCGCGUGAUCUACACGACGCCCAUCAAGGCGCUGUCCAACCAGAAGUUCCGCGAGUUCACAGACGAGUUCAAGGACGUCGGCCUAGUCACGGGCGACGUGACCAUCAAUCCCUCGGCCUCGUGCCUCAUCAUGACCACGGAGAUCCUCAGGAACAUGCUGUACCGCGGCAGCGAGAUCAUGCGCGAGGUGGGCUGGGUGGUCUUCGACGAGAUCCACUACAUGCGCGACAAGGAGCGCGGCGUGGUCUGGGAGGAGACGCUCAUCCUGCUGCCGGACAACGUGCGCUAUGUCUUCCUCUCGGCCACCAUCCCGAAUGCCCGGCAGUUCGCCGAGUGGGUCUGCCACCUGCACAAGCAGCCCUGCCAUGUCGUCUACACGGACUACCGCCCCACGCCGCUGCAGCACUACAUCUUUCCCGCUGGUGGCGACGGCAUCCACCUGAUUGUCGACGAGAAGGGGCAGUUCAAGGAGGAUAACUUCACCACAGCCAUGGCGGUGCUGGCCAAUGCGGGGGAGGCGGCCAAGGGCGAUCAGAAGGGACGCAAGGGCGGCAUCAAGGGCCACAAUUCGGGACAGACGAACAUCUUCAAGAUCGUCAAGAUGAUCAUGGAGCGAAACUUUGCCCCGGUGAUCAUUUUCUCGUUCAGCAAGAAGGACUGCGAAAUCUUUGCCAUGCAGAUGGCCAAACUGGACUUCAACUCGACCGACGAGAAGAAGCUGGUGGACGAGGUCUUCAACAAUGCUAUGGACGUGCUCUCCGACGAGGAUCGCCGCCUGCCGCAGGUGGAGAACGUUCUGCCGCUGCUGCGUCGAGGCAUUGGCAUCCAUCACGGCGGGCUGCUGCCCAUCCUGAAGGAGACCAUUGAGAUACUGUUCGGCGAGGGCCUCAUCAAGGCGCUUUUUGCCACCGAAACGUUUGCCAUGGGCCUGAACAUGCCGGCCAGGACUGUGCUCUUCACCGCACCCCGCAAGUUCGAUGGCAAGGACUUCCGCUGGAUCAGCUCCGGGGAGUACAUCCAGAUGGCGGGUCGCGCCGGUCGUCGUGGCCUGGACGACAAGGGCAUUGUCAUCCUGAUGAUCGACGAGAAGGUCUCGCCGGCCGUGGGCCGGGACAUAGUGCAGGGCAAGGCCGAUCCCAUCAACUCUGCCUUCCACUUGACCUACAACAUGGUUCUCAACCUGCUGCGCGUGGAGGAAAUAAAUCCGGAGUACAUGCUGGAGCGGAGCUUCUACCAGUUCCAGAACCAGGCCGCCCUGCCCAGCCUCCACGAACAGGUGCAGCAGAAGACCCUCGAGCUGAACAAGCUGAGCAUCAAGGACGAGCACAACAUUGCCUCCUAUCACCACAUCCGCGAACAGCUGGAGAGCCAUGGCAAGCAGUUCCGCCAGUGGCUGACUCGACCACAGUACCUGCUGCCCUUCCUGCAGCCCGGCAGGCUGGUCAAAGUGUCGGCCGGCACACAGGAGUACGACUGGGGGAUUGUCCUUAACUUCAAGAAGCAGGAUCAGAGCCGCAAGAACCCCCUCAAGAGUGAGCCCAGCGUCACCAUCGACGUCCUGCUGCACGUGAGCGAGGCUGCCGCCAAGUCCGGCGACACUGAGCCCUGCCAGCCCAACGAGCGCGGCUGCAUGGAGGUCGUGCCGGUGGCCCACACGCUCAUUACACAGAUCAGCUCGAUUCGGGUGUACUUCCCCAACGAUUUGCGCAGCGCCGACAACCGGCGCGCCGUCCUGAAGACCAUCCAGGAGGCCAAGAAGCGGUUCCCCCUGGGACCGCCCGUGCUGAAUCCCAUCGACGACAUGAACAUCAAGGAUCGCGAAUUUCGCGACAUUGUGGAUGCCAUUGCCCAGUUUGAGUCGCGCCUCGAAGAGCAUCCGCUGCACAAUUCGGCCGAGCUGGGGCGCAUCCACAAGCGCUACCAGGACAAGGUGAAGCUGCAGGCGCAGCUAACGGCCAUCAAGGUGGAGCUGAAGGCCGCCCGCAGUCUGCUGCAGAUGGAGGAGCUGAAGCAUCGCAAGCGCGUGCUGCGCCGAAUGGGCUACUGCAAGCCGGGCGAUGUCAUCGAGUUCAAGGGCCGCGUGGCCUGCGAGCUGAGCUCGGCGGAUGAGCUGCUGAUGACCGAGAUGAUAUUUAAUGGUGUGUUCAACGAUCUGACUGCUCCGCAGGCGGUGGCCCUGCUCUCGUGCUUUGUCUGCGACGAGAAGUCCCAAGAGGCGCCCAAGAGCGCCACAGAGCUCUCGGGCCCGCUGCGCUCCAUGCAGGAUCUGGCGCGACGCAUUGCCAAGGUGUCGUCCGAGUGCAAGCUGGAGCUGGACGCAGACAGCUAUGUGGACAAGUUCAAGCCCUUCCUCAUGGACGUGGUGCUGGCCUGGUGCAAGGGCUCCAGUUUCCUGGCCGUCUGCAAAAUGACCGACAUCUUCGAGGGCUCCAUCAUCCGCUGCAUGCGUCGGCUGGAGGAGCUGUUGCGGCAGAUGUGCCAGGCCUCAAAAACCAUCGGAAACACGGACCUGGAGAACAAGUUCUCGGAGGGCAUUCGACUGCUCAAGCGCGACAUUGUCUUUGCCGCCUCGCUCUAUCUAUAGGCGAUAUAGUUUUUAGACUUCCACAAUAUUUCAACAUACACAAAUGAUGUAGAUAAUUAAUCUAAUCCUAGUGUCAACCCUGCUACUAGGGGUUGUUUUUAUACGCGUAUUUGAAUUACUUGCAGAAAAGCGAAAAUAAAUAUUUGAUUUAUUUUAUGCGA